AUGACCGAAAAUGGACGCAAUGGACUUGCCUGCCAGAACUGCAGACAGAGAAAGAGAAAGUGCGAUCGUCAGAUUCCUCGCUGCGGUCUCUGCGUAAGGCGGGGCCUAGACUGUGUUAUGCAAGUGAUCAAGAGUGCGGAUGCACAAGAAGGAUCUAUUCACAGUCUCGAAAGGGAAAUUGCAAGCCUAGAAGCUCAGUUAUCACGGCUACAAACAACCGGAGUAGAGCCUCGCCCGCCUGUUGCCUCUCAGCCGCAGGACAAGGCACCUCAUAUGCCUUGUGAACCUUUCAUCUCUUCAGUGGCGUCUAGAGAGCAGUCUCUGGAUAAUGUUGACUUGGAUGUCCUCAAAGAAGUCGAGACUGUAUCACUCUAUCGCGGUGAACUCUAUUGCCUGCACAAAAUGGCGCGAAGAGCUCUCCGCCUAGAAAACUGCGAUCCUAGAGGGAUGUUAAAUCUGGCCCAAAAGAAGAGCUUAUUGGCAUCAUCUCCUCGAUCAUCUGGCUUUAAUACACCUUUGGACUACGAUCUAGCCAUUUCUUAUGCGGGCAAAUACUUCUCUUACAUUCAUCCCACAUUUCCUAUUGUUUCUGAAGAUGCAAUCCGAAAUACACUCCGCAAAAUUGCAACUGGCAGUCAAAGUGAUCUUCGGGAUCGCACCAUUGCUUAUCUCGUUAUUGCUAUUGGUUCAAUUCUUCCUAUCGAGUCGUUUUCCGCUUUCGAUACUCGCAACACGGCCGACUAUUUCUUACGGUCUCUAGACAUUCUGUAUUCUUAUGACGAAUCGGCUACUACAGUGCAAAUUCUCCUCUUGUUCACUAUCUGUUCGCUUUUUGAUCCCAGCACAGGCAGCUCAUGGCAUCUAAUAGAUCUUGCCACACAAGCUUGCAUAGACAUGGGGUAUCACCAGCUCCAGCCGGAAGCAGAAAUCGCAAGAGACCCCCUAGUGAAGGGGAUAACACUGUUUCAGACGGCUUACGUGCUUGAUUUUACUAUUAGCUCAGCACUAGGGCUACCUAUGGGUAUACAAAAUCGCGACAUGUCUUUUGACUGGGAUGCAUAUAUAGUUCAGCCGCCGUCCAUGUAUUCAUCUGAAUCGAAACGCAAAGAGCUAUCUCUUGUAGAGAUAUUCAGCUGGGCAUAUGAACUUUGCAGCGGUCCAAAAAGGGAUGCCGCGGGCUACCUGUCCCGCUAUGAAGAGCACGUACUGCCAAGCAGAUUGAGCGGCGAAGAAAAUACAUCUUAUCUGCCAAGAGUAUUCGAACUACAACUCGUUGCUCAGAGUCUUAGAAGAUCAUUUGCGGCUGAUUCUACGUUUGAAGCACAGAGCAAAUUAGUUCACGACUGUCUACUACCCUUCCAGAGUUCAAUUCAUAUCUGGCCAGCACUGCCGUGGACCACAGGAUACAGCAUAUUCCAGCUAGUGCUACUGGGCAUCUUUUUCAGCAAUGGGAUGCCUCAGAAGCAGAAAGUAAGCCGAGACUCUCAUUUGCUAUCUCUGGCCGGGAUGGUUUUGUCUGUUGUAAAGACCAAAUUCCCCGGGUUACAUCAUUACAGCGCACUCUUGAGCCGUGUGUUGAAACAAAUAACGUGUAUUGAUACCGAUUCUCGACAAACCAUUGACUUCCUUGAGGGAAGCAACCUCUAUGAAUUCUGCAGGGGCGCUUUAAACUGCGUUGACAUAGAUAUUUCUCCUUAA